CAUUUGACUGUAGCCGAUUAAAGCAAUUCUUUUUUGAAAAUGCUUGUUUGUAUGGCGCCAUUUUACAGUGAAUGAAAUGAAGCGCAUUUUAAAUGUUGCAGAAAAACCUUCUGCUGCAAGAGAACUAUCUCAUGCUCUUGCAAAGAAAGAAAACAUUAAAGUGUCUGUGUUUCUUUCAACUGCAAUGUGUUGUUUAUUAAAUGAAGCACAUAAUAGGCGGGAAAUAGGUUCUCGACUAAAAGUAUAUGAAUUUGAACUUGACUUGGACCAUGAAAAGGUAACCAUGGUUUUCAGUAAUGUUGCGGGUCAUAUCAAAGCACUGGAUUUUCAUGAAAACUAUCGAGGUUGGGACUCUUGCGAACAGGUAGCACUUUUAGACCCAUCCAAGACUCCUAUCAAAGAGUAUGUACCCGAGGAUAAGAAAUUUCUAGAAAAUAAUUUAAAGAAUGAGGCACGAUCCUGUUGCAAACUUUUUUUGUGGUUGGACUGUGACUCAGAAGGAGAGAAGAUUGCAUACGAAGUCCUAGACAUUUGCCAACAAGUAAAUAUGUCUUUUAGAAUACCAGAUAACGUAAAGAGGGCUCGUUUCUCUGCAAUUACACCUCAAGACGCUCGAAACGCUCUUCAAAAUCUAACUUCACUUCACUAUCCAACUGUUUCUAUGGUAUCCACCAGACAGGAAAUUGAUCUUCGAGCUGGUGCUGCCUUUACGAGAUUCUUAACCAAAUUCAUUCAGAAUGAGUUUCGUGUCCCAUUGAAGGGAGACAAAAAAGCGAUACUGAGCUAUGGUCCCUGUCAAUUUCCAACUCUUGGUCUCGUGGUGGAUCGUUUACUUACUAUUCGAGCUUUUCAACCUCGCUUGUUUUAUUACUUGGAACUGACCAUAAGUUGUGAAAGUUCUGAUGGAGACAAACUUGUUCUUAUCUGGGAACGAAAGCAUUUAUUCGAUCGUUAUUGCUGUGCUUUGCUAUAUGAGCUUUGUUAUUCUUCCUUGUUGAGGAGCAAUUUUCAAAUAGCAAUAGCAGAUAUAAAGAAGGUAAGGAAAUCGCGAAGACGACCUCUUCCGUUGGACACUGUUGAACUGCAACGUCUUGCUUCUCGUGUCUUUUUCUUUUCAUCUGAUACAACCAUGCAAGCGGCAGAACGCUUAUAUUCAGAAGGAUAUAUUUCUUACCCUAGAACCGAGACCAAUAUUUUUCCAUCCACUAUAAAUCUAUCUAAAUUGGUUUUGUUACAGCAAAAUGAUCAAAAAUGGGGAGGCUUUGUUCAAAAGAUAAUGGAACACUGGAUUCAUUACAGUCCAAGACAAGGUACAAAAGAUGACAAGGCACAUCCUCCCAUACAUCCUACCAAACCAGCUCCUAGAGAAGGGUUCAAAGAUAAAGAAUGCGAUGCAAUAUAUGAACUUGUGACGAGACGCUUCUUGGCUUGUUGUUCAAUUGAUGCGAAGGGCUAUGAAACAGUUGUUACAGUAAAUGUCGGGUUUGAAAGUUUCCACAUUCACGGUCUGUCUAUUGAAGAAGCAGGCUAUCUAGAAGUAUAUCCAUAUGAUCACUGGUCAGAACGAGUUUUACCAACUGAGUUGGAAAAAGGUACAACUAUACGUGUGGUCUCCUUGAUGCUGAAGGAAGGCUCCACUAGUGCUCCAAAGCCUUUAUCGGAGAGUGAUUUACUUGGGCUAAUGGACAAGUAUGGAAUAGGAACAGAUGCUACGAUGGCAGAACAUAUUCGAAAGAUACAACAUAGAGAGUAUGUUACAAAGCAAGGCAAUCUCUUUUAUCCGAUGGCUCUAGGACUUGCUCUUGUGGAAGCCUUUGAAGCAUGUGAAGCCUAUUUAGCCAGGCCGACUUGUCGUUCAGAGCAAGAAAAAGAUUUGAGACAAAUAGGUCAAGGUAUUCGAGAUGCAUCCGACGUACUAUACACUGCACUUUCUGCAUUCACUGGCAAUUUACAAAAACUCUCAACUUCUACAAAUAUUCUACGUCGAGUGUUUUCUUCUCAUUUUGACUCCAAUUGAAUGCCUUUUCAUCAUAUCAAACGUUUCAAUGUACAAGGAUACAUGUUUACUGACGUCUGAAUUUCCUUGCAUAAUACGUUCGACUUUGUAAGAGAUGAAGAGAAUGUGCAUUUCAUCUUAAAGUUGGCUAUUUCUUAGCUGGUCGAAUGAAUUUGCAGUCCAGUGA